AUGGGGCGCCCAGGCCCCCAGAACCUGACCUGCGUGUCCUACAAGCACCCGAGCGUGCGGGGGGCGCUGGGGGUCGCGGGGGGGGCGGCGGCCGGCGCCGUUCGCUGCCCCCCCGGGCAAUGCUGCGUCGGAAUCUGGAACCGCAGCCACGCUCUGGUGCAGGGUGAGACCCCCGAGACCGGGCCUGGGAGGGACACUUGGAGAGUUCGGGAAGCCGCGAUCCCCCGGUGUCCCCUGCAGCGGUCGGGGGGCUCUGUGUCACCGCGGUCUCUGUCCCCAGCGCCCGGCCAGGGGGGCUCCGCGGGGACCCUGUGGCUGUGGGGUGCCAGCCCCCUCCUCCUCAUCCUCCUCACCUGUCUGGGCAUCCUCGGACUGCGCUGGACCAGGGCCCGCACGGGGCAGACACCGCGGGGGGGGCGGCGAAUCGGGGUCCCCUCGGAGCCCCCCAGCCCGGACCUGCCUGCGCUGCACUUCCUGCAGGUGCUGCAGUCGGGGCGCUUCUCGGCGGUGUGGCGGGGGACGCUGCGCCAGCGGCCCGUGGCCAUCAAGGCGUUCGCGGCCGGGGCUGGCCGGAGGUUCGCGGCCGAACGCGCCGUGCACGCCCUGCCGCUGAUGGAGCACGAGAACGUGGCCAGGCUGCUGGACACCCGCGCGGCCGGACCCCGCGCCCGAGGGGGGCUCCUGGUGCUGCAGCUCUACCCGGCCGGCUCCCUGCGCCACUUCCUGGGGCAGCACGUGGGGACCUGGGCGGGCAGCGUGCGCCUGGCGCUGUCCCUGGCCCGCGGCUUGGCCUUCCUGCACCAGGAGCUGUGGCGUGACGGGCUGUACAAGCCCAGCGUGGUGCACCGCGACCUGAGCAGCCAGAACGUUCUGGUGCGGGAGGACGGCACCUGCGCCAUCGGCGACUUCGGGCUGGCGCUGGCGCUGCCACCGCGCGCCCAGGACAGCGCGGGCGCCCGGCACGCCGUGACCAUCCGGAAGGCGGGCACCCAGCGGUACCUGGCACCCGAGAUCCUGGAUGAGAGCCUGGACCUGCGGGCCUGGGGCCGGGCGCUGCGCCAGGCCGAUGUCUACGCGCUGGCGCUGCUGCUCUGGGAGAUCCUGUCCCGCUGCCAGGCCCUGAGCCCCGGAGCCCCGGUGCCGCCGUUCCGCCUGGCGUACGAGGCCGAGCUGGGCUCCAGCCCCACCGGGGCUCAGCUCCGCCGUUUGGCUGCGGACGAGAGGCGGCGGCCGCUCAUCCCCCCGGCCUGGCACCGCGCCCCGCAGCCCGGGGGGGCUCUGCCCGAGCUGCUGGAGGAUUGCUGGGACCCGGACCCCGAGGCGCGGCUCUCGGCCGAGCGGGCGCUGCAGCGGCUCCAGCGCUUGGCGGCGGGGCCCGCACCGGCCCCGGGGGACGCCGCGCCGCGCCAGGUGCGUGCGGGGAAACUGAGGCCCCGCCCCCGGGGAGGAGCCCCGCCCUAA